AUGAGCAUGCUCCGGACCGACCCCAACAUCAUCAUCACGGGCACGCCAGGCGUGGGUAAAACGACGCACUGCGAAGAACUCGCCUCCAAGACUGGCCUGCACCACCUCGACAUCAACGAGGUGGUCAAGAAGCACAACAUCGGCGAAUCCAGCAAUGAUCCGGACGACCCAAACACGAAGAUUGUCGACGAAGACCGCCUGCUAGACUGCAUCGAGAACGACCUGGAAGAGGGCGGACAAAUCAUAGACUGGCAUGCCUGCGACCUGUUCCCUCCAAGCUUGAUUGACCUCGUGUGCGUGGUGAGAUGCGACAACAAGAUCCUCUACGAUCGCCUAAAGGCAAGAAAUUACGGCGAGAAGAAAUUGCAGGAGAAUAUGGAUUGUGAGAUCAUGGAAGUCUUACUGCAGGAGGCACGAGAGGCGUAUGAUGAAGAGAUGGUGGUCGAGCUGAAGAGCGAGAGUACGGAGGAUAUCGAUUCCAACGUGGAGCGCAUUGAGAAGUGGAUUCAGAACUGGAAGAAGGAUCACGGCAAGGACAAAGAGGGCGAGGUGCAAGCGCAAGAGGAAGGCAAGAAGGACGAGGAUGAUCCAAUGUUUCUGCAUGGCUAA